AUGAGCACUGGGGAGCUCCUCGACAUCGAACCUCUCGAACUCAAGUUCCCCUUUGAACUCAAGAAGCAGAUCUCAUGUUCUCUUCAAUUGUCUAAUAAGACCGAUGCCUAUGUAGCCUUCAAGGUGAAAACAACCAAUCCGAAGAAGUAUUGUGUUCGUCCAAACACUGGAAUUGUCUUGCCACGGUCUACAUGUGAUGUUAUGGUUACCAUGCAAGCACAAAAAGAGGCUCCACCUGAUAUGCAAUGCAAGGAUAAGUUUCUUCUUCAGAGCGUAAAAACUGUUGAUGGUGCCAGUCCGAAGGAUAUCACUGCAGAAAUGUUCAACAAGGAGGCAGGGCAUGUGGUUGAGGAGUGCAAAUUGAGAGUGCUGUAUGUUUCUCCUCCUCAACCACCAUCUCCAGUACCAGAAGGUUCUGAGGAAGGAUCCUCACCUAGAGGUUCUGUUUCAGAGAACGGAAAUGCCAAUGGUUCUGACUUCACACAAGUAGCAAGAGCAUUUACUGAACGACCUGAGUCUCACGACAAAUCUGCAGAGGCUAGAGCUCUUAUCUCAAGGCUGAAUGAAGAAAAGAAUAAUGCAAUUGAACAAAAUAACAAGCUCCGCCAGGAACUGGAUCUACUGAAGCGGGAAGGCAACAAAAGUCGUGGUGGAGUCUCAUUUGUCAUUGUCGUAUUAAUUGGCUUGCUUGGCAUAAUUAUGGGGUAUCUCUUCAAGAAGACCUAA